AUGGGAAAUGGUAGGGAUACAUUUUUUUGGACUGAUCCGUGGUUUGGUGGUAUUCUGUUGGCGGUGCGGUUUAGACGGUUGUAUGAGUUAAAUGUCAAUAAGUUGGUGUCGGUGGGGAUAUGUUUGAGUCUGGCUGGGAGGAGGGGGAGUGGCGUGGCAGUGGAGGCGGAGGUUCAACUCUCUGAUCAGUGGAGGUGGAGGCUUGAGGAUAGCGGUGCUCACUCUGUGCGUAGCGCUUACCAUAUGCUCACAACAAAUGUCAGUCAUGUUGUGGACGCAGUUUCGGAUAUGAUUUGGCACAGACAUGUCCCCAUUAAGGUGUCUAUUCUUGUUUGGAGACUUCUCCGUAACAGUUUACCAACCAUAGCGAAUCUUGUGGCUCGUGGGAUCAUCUCUCAAGAGGUGCAAAUAGACUUAUUGUAUAUAGUUCGUGCUUGGAUUGGGGUCUCUGGGGCUGAUCCGUUUGAUGGUUUUGAAGAUCUUGAUUUCAAAAUGGACAACAAAGAUAACGAUCAAUGCUUCGUUAAUGGAGUUGGAGUUGUCAAAAACAUAGCUUCAAGCACUUGUGAAAAAACAGAGGACAUUAGCGGAAAAUCAAAGGAUACACAUGGAGUUCAACCAAAUGACAGUCGUGAAAAAGAUAAGGAUGUUCCCGAGCCUAAAAAUAUAAUAGGUCUUGACAUCUGCAAGGAAUUUGAAAGGGUUAAAGCUUUUGGGACUGUCAAUAACUACAUGCCCUCCAUGAAUCUAUUUGAGGUUUUCUACCAUAAUGAUGACCGAGUGAAGUAUUUGGAACCUGGAGAAGUUUUGAAAAAUCUGACAAAUAAGGAAGAUAUAUGUGGGCCUCAAGUACCACCGCUACAAUCAAGCAAUAGCUUAGAGGAUGAUAUUUUGAUUGUUGAACUUGGGGAGGCAUCCACUUUAAACAACAAGAGGAAACAUAUUUCAAAUUUUUCUUCUUCAAACAGUGCUGUCAAGGAUAUUGAAGAGAGUAAAAAGAAAGGGAAGUCAAAAUCUGCUGCAAACUCCACAAAUAAAGAAGCGGAAACAAAGUACAAACCAUGGAAUUCAAAAAGAAAAAAUGCGACUGAAACUGAACCUUAUGAGCCUUAUCAAUUUGUGGGACUCUUUAUCUGCAAGGAAUAUAAAGGAAAAAGAUGCAUAGGAACAGUUGAUGGCUAUAGUCCUAAAAAGGAUAACAAGCUCAGAGUUCAGUACAAAGUUGAUGGAAGGAUAGAAUACAUGACUCAAAUUGAGGCUUUGUAUAGUAUGGCAAAGAGUGAAGACUUUUCGUCAGUUCAACCAUCACUAUAUGAAAGCUAUCACUCAAAGAAGAAAAUCAAUAAGAAAAAGGAUGACAAAGGAAAAGGAUCAACUCCAGGAAAGAAAAAAUGAAAUGCAUAU